AACAACGUGCAAACUUUUCGAAUUAUUUCUUAAAGAAAAGCGGACAAAUAUCGAAAUGCCUUCGAAAAUGAAGCCCAGACUGUCGCGGGGCGUAUUGGAUAUGAAGUUCAUGCAACGCACCAAAGCCAAAGUGGAAAAGGAAGAUGAUGACGAGCAGAGCCGAGCCCUGUACUCGAAUGAGCUAAACCAAAAGAUGCUCAAUAGUAAUUCAAAUUUUAUAAUCGAGCCCAGUUAUUCGAUUUGUGCCGGUCUCAGUGAUGGACGACUUAGUUUUCGAGGAAUGAAUCCUGAACUGGAGCGCCUGCUGGAACUGGAGCGGGCUGAAAAGGAGGGCAAAACGAAACCCGAGCAACCAACCGAGGUUAACGACGAGCAAAUGGCAGAAACCUAUUAUGCCAAUCAAGCAACGGCCAUAAGCAAAACAAUCCAAAAAAAAAUGACAGCGAGGAAUGAUAUCAACAAGCGCAAAUCCAAUCAGAAGAAGAUGCAAUUUAAAAAGCCACGCCAGGACGAUGGCGGUAUAUAAUGUUCACGUUUUACUUUAAUAACUAAGUUAAUAAAAUACAUAUCAGAGCUCCGACAUAUAAGACCA